AUGUUUACAUCUCCCCUCAUCGCCCUCCUUACCGCGCUGCCGGCAGUACUCUCUUGUGCUGUCCCUCGCUCCCCCGACCUCUCCUCUAUCUCCUCCAUACAACCCCGUCCUUCCCCGACCUUCCCAAAAGCCUUCCUCAGGGAUGCAGCGUCUCAAACAUCACCGGGUAUUCAGAACUAUACUUGUACUUCCGGGGCUUACGUGUCUACUGGCGCUCUUGCCAAUUUGUUUGAUGUGACCUGCCUCUACUCUAUGACCGCUGGCAAAGUGGAUACCAACGAGCUCAGCACGGUGCUCCCCAAGAUGGCAUUCUCUGCCCUCCAAUACCCUGACACUCUAAACUUGCCUGUGGCUAUCCACCACCUCUUUGUCGAUACACCCGGAUCCAACACUACAGGGGCCAUCUCUCCCCUUUUCGUCGGCUCUACCGACCAAGUCCUCGUCUCCAAAACCGCCACCUCCAAUGACCUUACAGACCCGUCCGUCAACGUCCCCUGGCUCCAGCUUACUGCAGUCGAGGGACAGGGCACCUUGGCCAAAAGCGUGUACAGGCUGGACACUGUGAACGGGCAGGCUCCUUCUACCUGCGAUACCGAAGGUGAAGAUUUGAGCGUGCAGUAUGCUGCUUUGUAUUGGUUCACCAACUAG